GCAAACAAGUCUUCAGACCCAGUUGCUUGUGGUAAAGGAAAGUAUGCUUCCCAAGGCUCAAUGAGCUGUUCCUCCUGCUCUCAUGGUUUUUAUUGUCCAUCAAUGAUAACAGCAGUUCAAAUUCAGUGUCCAGGUGGUUAUUACGCAAAUGCAAGUGGUAUGUCAGAGUGUAUUCCCUGUCAAAGAGGUUAUAAAUGUCCAAUACCAGCGAAUUCACCCAUACCUUGUCAAGCAGGAUAUUAUAGUGAUGAUUCAGCAUCAAGAUUGUGUACAGAGUGCCCAUCAGGAUAUUACAACACAUUACCUGCUCAAGAAAGUUGUAUUCCAUGCCCUGCUGGUAGUAGAUGUCCCAAUAGAAGCUCAAAUCCUAUUGCAUGUACCAAUGGACAGUACUCAGAAGAGGGUUCUACUGUUUGCCAUUCCUGUCCAGCUGGCAAGAUAUGCUCAAAUCCAAGUCAGGGGCCGAUAUCUUGUUCUUCUGGGACAUACAGUAAUGGAACACAAUGUAUCCAGUGUGAAGUUGGCCAUUAUUGUCCCUCGCCAUCAUCCUCACCUCAAACWUGUCCACCGGGUACCUACACUAAUACUCCAGGGCGYACAACCUGUAYUAAGUGCCCAGCUGGGUCAUCAUGUUUGAAUCCAGCUUUAGCUCCCGUAGCAUGUGGAAAUGGUGAAUACAGUAUUGCAGGCCAAUCUGUUUGUAGUAAAUGCCCAGUAGGARCAUACAGUCUUGGAGGUGCAUCCUAUUGUCCCCAGUGCCCUCUGGGAAAAACAUGCAUGAAUGGUUCUCAAAGCAUACCCCCUCAAGAUUGYCCARCAGGAACAUAYAGCAAUUUUGGGAAGGGCUUCUGUACAGUAUGCACUCCUGGUACCUAUAGCAACAAAGGAGCAUUAUUUUGUAGCCUUUGUCCUGCUGGGUAUACAUGUAAUAAUCCAAGCCAAAGUCCACAGCCAUGUCAUUCAGGACAAUACUGGAACAAUGGGGGAAAGUUUCCACAAUGCAAUCCAUGUCCUGCUGGGUACAAGUGUGAAAACAUUACACAACCACCUGUGGCAUGUCAGCCAGGAUAUUACUCAGAGGAAGGAAAAACAUCAUGYACACAGUGUGCUGCAGGACAGGCUUGUCCUGACCCAAGUAAACCUCCUGUUUCUUGUUCUGAGGGAUCAUAUAGUCAGCAUGGUGCAACGUUUUGUACAUCAUGUCCUCCAGGUUAUAGUUGUCCAUUGCCAGCAUCAGCCAUAGCACUUUGUACUGAAGGUACCUAUUCCUUGGAUGGAGAAGCUAACUGUACUGACUGYCCAGUUGGAUACAUGUGUCAGUACGCAACCCAGAUGCCUGUACGCUGCUCUACUGGGACUACUACAUUUGGCAAGAAAAAAGCCACUAAUUGUACAACAUGCCCUCCUGGCUUUGAAUGCCCCAAACCUGAGAUAAAUGCAACAGCAUGCAAACCUGGUUUUUACAGUCUUGGCAGAGCUGUUGCCUGUAUUGAAUGUCCUGCAGGCAGUUCCUGUCCUUCAACUAUGGCUUUACCAAAACCAUGUGUGCCUGGGGAGUAUAGUGAUGGUGUUUCAACAGUAUGUCAUAAAUGUAAAGCUGGCUGGGAAUGUCCAUCGGUCUCAUCAAGUGCCAAUAUUCAACAGUGUUCACCAGGGUAUUAUUCCAUCGAAGGUCAACAGUAUUGUACUCCCUGCCCUCCUGGAAACUACUGUCCACAGUUUAAUAAGUCUGAAGUGAUCAACUGUCCAAGUGGAAGCUAUAGUUUUGGUUCCCAAGCAUCUUGUACUACUUGUCCUAAAGGGUGGAUGUGUCCAUCGGCAGAUGGAACUGGAAAUGUACGCUGUAUUCCUGGAAAAUAUUCAGUAGGAGGCCAAUCAAGCUGUACCUCUUGUCCAAGGGGUGUGGCUUGCCCUCGCACUGACAGUGCUCAAAAUAACACAUGUUCGCCAGGGUAUUAUUCCAUUGGAGAACAGAUAAUGUGUACACCUUGUCCGUCUGGAUAUGAAUGCCCAAGUACAACAUCAGAUACUAUGGUUGAGUGUACUGUUGGUUAUUAUAGUAAAGGCUCUCAGGCAAAGUGUACUCCAUGCCUGGCAGGGUAUGCAUGUCCCUCAGUGAAUGAUAACUUUAUGUUUCCAUGUCCUUCUGGAACAUUUACUACUGGCAACAAACCCGUGUGCCAAGAAUGUCCAGCUGGCUCUUUCUGUCCAAACAUCUCUGCAUCACCCCAGCCAUGUGAAUCAGGUCACUAUAGUCUUGCAUCAGCUACAAAAUGCACCGAAUGCCCUGCUGGAUACAAAUGUCCUGAGAAAAAUUCUAAACCUGUUCCAUGUGAGGCUGGCACCUACAGUAACAAGUCSUUUACAGCCUGUUUAGCUUGUGAUGCAGGGUUUGCAUGCAAGGGUAGCAACACCUCACCACGCCCAUUUGAAGAGCGUUGCCCUAUGGGACAUUACUGUACAAAUGGGAAGGAUAUCACACCCUGUCCUGCUGGUACAUAUGGUAAUACCACUGGUGCAACUGACCAGGCUAGUGGUUGUCCACCUUGUCCUGCUGGGUUUUUCUGUCCACCAGGAACAAGUGGUUACCCAACUAAGAGUCUCACUUGUCCUCCUGGCCACUUCUGCACUGAAGGAACUAAAAGAGAAUUUGAACAUCCUUGUCCUCUGGGGCAUUAUUCUCGUGAAACAGGACUAGAGAGAGAAAACCAAUGUAUUGAGUGUCGUUUAGGGUAUUAUUGCCCAGCAGGGGAUGGCAAAGGUGACACACUGUGUCCACCUGGUUAUUACUGUGGAAUAAAGGUUGGGAAUUACGAGUYAACACCAUGUAGAGCUGGUACAUAUCAAGAACAACAUGGAUCUAGAACUGAACUAGACUGCAAGACAUGCCCAAUUGGCUAUUACUGUCUUCAAGCAUCUGUUGUCCCUACACCUUGCCCCAAGGGUAGAUUCAGCCGUAGGCAGGGUCUUGGUUCAUUAAAUGAAUGUCAAUCAUGUACAGCUGGAAAGGCGUGCCCUAGGGAAGCUAUGACAGAUCCUCUUGAAAGGUGUGCMGCUGGUCAUUUCUGCCCUGCAGGCUCUAUACUGCCCAAUGCUACUUCRUGCGCCUGUCCAGCAGGGUACUAUACAGAUUAUCAUAACUUGACUCAUGUWCGAGAGUGUACGCUGUGUCCUGAGAGACAAUCCUGUGAGGCUGGAACAGGAGGAGUUCAAAAACCACCACAGCUUUGUGCCAAAGGCUAUUAUUGUCCUCUUGGUACACAAAGCCCUACAGAACAUCCCUGUCCAGCUGGUUCAUGGAGUAAUCUAACAAAUCUUCUCUCACAUAAUGAAUGCUAUGAAUGUCCCAAGGGGUGGUUUUGUCUUGCAGCAAGUCCAAAGCCAUCUGGACUGUGUAAAGAAGGCCACUAUUGCCCUCCAGGAACUAAACGUGGMACUGAGUUUCCAUGUGCUGCUGGUACCUUUUCCAAUAAGACUGGAAAUGUACGCUGGGAACAAUGUGAGCCAUGUCCCGAGGGACAUUAUUGCCCUCAAGGGACAGCUGUACCAAAAGAAUGUCCUAAAGGAACAUACAACGAUGUACUCAAUGCAAAGGAUAUUGCUGGGUGUAAGCAAUGUGUUGCAGGGUACUAUUGCCCUGGCACUGCAAAUGUGCAACCAGUUGCAUGUGGAAUUGGAAAUUACUCGGCUCCUGGUGCCUAUGUUUGUUCCACGUGUGAACCUGGUUACUAUUGUGAUCAAGUGACAACAAGCCGUAGUUGUAUGUUACGYGAUCUGAUAUGUCCUGCAGGAAUGCACUGUCCUGCAGGUACAARGGCUGCUCCAGAUCUUGUAUCUCAUGCAUGUCCAGCUGGCAAAUACUGUCUCCGAGGAGAUGAGAAUGCCUUUCCAAUCAAUUGUCCUAAUGGAACAUUCAAUCCACAUACUGGGCGCAAACAUGUCAGCGAAUGUCAGAAAUGCUGGCAAGGAUAUUACUGUGAACCGGAAGGACUGACAGAAGUUGCUGGUGAAUGUCCAUCUGGUCAUUAUUGUCCAGAGGGAACUGGCUAUAGAUAUUCUAACCCUUGUCCAAAAGGAUUCUACCGUAAUGCUUCUGCCGCAAUAUCUGUACAGGACUGCAGUGUAUGUUAUUCUGGACAUUACUGUGAUGAUCGUGGUUUAUCUGUGCCAAAAAUUUGUCCUGAGGGCCGUUUCUGUCCUACYGGUACAACUAUACCUCAACCCUGUCCUAGUGGUUAUUACAACAAUGCUACAGGUGUCAAGAGAAGUGUUGAUUGCACACCAUGUCCAGCAGGUCGAUACUGUGCAGGCUUUGGUUUGACUGCUCCAACAGGGCUGUGUGAUGCAGGCUUUUAUUGCAGACAAAAUGCWUACACUUCAGCCCCACCACAGGGUUUGACAGGAGGAGUGUGUCCUGCUGGUGGCUAUUGUCCAGAAGGUUGUAAAGUACCUUCUCCGUGUCCAGUAGGAAGUUACAGUAACACUUCAGGAGCCAAGGCRGCAGAGGACUGUAUAUCUUGUGAUCCAGGCCAUUAUUGYGCUGGUGAUACCAACCCUACUCCUACUGGGAAAUGCUCUGCUGGUCACUACUGUACUGGAGGGGCUAGCACUCCAAUUCAAUUUGUUACUCCAAGAGGGCAUUAUUCCCCUGAAGGAUCAUCAGCUCCCAUYCCUUGUCCAGUUGGGAAAUAUCAAGAGUCUAAUCGUGCAACAGAGUGCACAUUAUGUACAGAAGGAAGCUACUGUAAUAAAAGUGGUUUGGAACAGCCUGUUGCAUGUCCAAGAGGACAUUAUUGUCCCUCAGGAUGCAUAAUUCCCAAUCCUUGCCCMCCAGGAACAUUUAGUGGUAGUACAAGCAGACCAAACAAUGAAACUUGCAGUAAGUGUGAAGCUGGUCAUUAUUGUCGUUCACAAGGGUUGCCUCAACCAGAAGGUGAAUGCUAUGCUGGUUAUUAUUGCUUAGAUGGUUCUCCUACACCAACACCGGGCAAUGACACAGCAUGUAAUGUGACAUAUCCUUAUGACUAUGGAGGUGUCUGUCCACCAGGUUACUACUGUCCGAAGGGAACAAAAAAUUCCAUUGAAAACCCAUGUGGAAAUGGUACUUUCAAUCCAGUAUAUGGUCGAUCAAAGCCUACUGACUGUCUCAGCUGCUUACCAGGAAAAGUGUGCAGUGGAAAAGGUCUAAAAGAACCAACAGGAAACUGUAGUGGGGGAUUCUAUUGCAAAGGAGGAAGUUCCACGCCGCAGCCUACUGAUGGUACUAAAGGAGAUAUCUGUCCAAAGGGUUUCCGAUGUCCUGAAGGAUCAUCAACGUAUUUGCCUUGUGUGGAUGGCACUUAUAGCAAUGUGACAGGUCUUGCAGAAUGCUUGGAUUGUCCUGAAAGGUACUACUGUCUAGGUGGGGAAUUGCACGGUAAAACCCCAAUCCCAUGCAAACCUGGUCAUUACUGUCCUAAGAGGACUGGCUUUUCUCUGCCAACGUGUCCUCCUGGAACAUACAACCCGCAAACUGGGCUGGCAAAGGAAGAUCAAUGUUGGCCGUGCAAAGGUGGUAAAUACUGUGCUGGACGUGGUAUUGACAGUUUUCCUAGUUUACAGUCUGGAGACUGUGAUGCAGGAUUUUACUGUCAGUCAGGUAUCAAUACACCAAGGCCYAGUUCUAACUAUACUGGCAUUGGUGGUGUGUGCCCACCUGGUGCAUAUUGUCCUAAGGGCACUAUUGAGCCCAUUGGGUGUCCUAAUGGUACAUUUUCCAAYGUAUCACAGUUGAAGGCUGCAUCAGAGUGUACUCUAUGCACAAGUGGAUAUUACUGUCAAGAGUCAAACCUCACUUCUCCCACAGGGAAAUGCGAUGCAGGCUUCUAUUGCUUGAGUGGAUCAAAUACACCAAAACCGACCACUGAAUCUAAUAUAGGAGGUCCCUGUAAAAUUGGUCACUUCUGCCCUCAAGGAACCGCUUAUCCAAAGAAGUGUMUAGCUGGGACAUAUAACCCUAACAAGGGUGAAGCAUCGUGUUUUCAAUGUAUGCAGGGCUAUUACUGCACAGAAGGAUCAGAUAAAUACAGUGAUAAACCCUGUCCUGAAGGACACUACUGCCCCAAUGGUACACGUUUUGACACGCAAUACCCUUGCCCUAAAGGGAGAUAUUGUCCUAAGGGAACUAAUGCCACCAUACCAUGCGACCCAGGAACAUAUGGUCCCACCACACAGCUACAAUCUCAGUCUCAAUGUAAGGGGUGUGAGCCAGGCAAGUAUUGCGACAAAGCAGGUUUGGAUGCUGUGUCAGGCAACUGUUCUGCUGGAUUCUACUGCCGCGGAAAUGCRUCUGUCUCAAAGCCUACAGUCAGUGAUACAGGUGGAGAAUGUUGGAUUGGACAUUACUGCCCAAGUGGGAGUGCAAUUCCAAAACCCUGUUCACCGGGAACCUAUAUGAACCAUACUACUGCAUCKGCAUGUUACAAAUGUCCUGCUGGUCAUUAUUGUGUUAACACAUUUCUUCCCAUUCCUUGCCCAGCAGGCUGGUAUUGUCCAGAAUCUACUGGACAUGACUGGCGUCCAUGCCCACGAGGAACUUACAGUGCAGUUGAAUACAUAUCAGAUGUUAGCCAAUGUCGACCUUGCGAUGCUGGUUCCUACUGUGAYAGCAUCAAUGCUACUAAACCAACAGGAAAAUGUGCAGAUGGAUAUUACUGUCGUAAUGGAUCUGAUACCCGCACCCCUUCAGGAGGACAUAUAGGAGAUGCUGGUGUGUGUCCCUCAGGGCAUUACUGCCCAGGUGGCAAUCCAUCWUCUCCCAUAGCAUGCCCUGAAGGGUACUACAACAACCAGACAUUACGAUCCAAAUUCAAUGACUGCAUUGCCUGCCCUGGUGGAAAAUAUUGUGAGAGGCCUGGAYUGGAGUGGCCAAGUGGAUACUGCAACCCAGGGUAUUUUUGCAUUAGGAAAUCAAAGCAAAGUAACCCUGAUAAUACUACCUCUGAAGGUGGCCCAUGUCCCCCUGGACACUACUGUCCCAUGGGCUCAUCCUCUCCAAGGGCAUGYCAGGGAGGUCAGUAUAACUCACUUUGGAAGAAGAGCCACUGCUAUAUGUGCCCAGAGGGACAUUUCUGUCCCAAUGCAUCAUCCAACUAUACYGAAUGUUAUCAAGGCUAUUAUUGUCCUAAUGGAUCUGCAAGUCCAACUGCCUGUCCUAAAGGUACAUACAAGAACUACACAAUGGGAAAACAACUGAGUGACUGUAAAAUGUGUCCUGCAGGAAUGUACUGUCCUUUAAAUGGUAUGGACAAACCAGCAGGGUUAUGUUCCCCAGGUCAUUACUGUACUGGAGGAUCUUGGGAAGCAAAACCAUUGAAUACUGAAGAUAUAGCCAAUGGCAGUGCCGUGUGUCCUUUGAUUGGUAGUAUAGGUGGCUUCUGUAAGAAAGGAACAUUCUGUCCAGAAGGUUCAGAUGYYCCUCGGCCAUGCASCCCAGGUUACUAUUGUGAUAAAGACUACUUGGAUAAAGAGGCAGGUCCUUGUACUGCAGGGUAUUACUGUAAUGGUAGUACUAUUCAGUCUCAUCCAGUUAACCAGUCUACUGGAGAUCGUUGUCCUAAAGGAUUCUAUUGCCCAACUGGCAGUGCUUACCCAUUGCCMUGUGAAGCAGGCACUUAUGCUGACAAAGAAUACAAUCAGUUUAAAMACAACUGCAUGCCUUGUAUUCCUGGGAUGUAUUGUCCAGGACCUGGUUUGGACUAUCCCAACGGAAAUUGCUCUGAAGGAUUUUACUGUCCAGCUGGUCAGACACAAAUCAGUCCUCCUGAUAAAGAAUGUCAGGCAGGCCAUUUUUGUCCUGAGGGUAGUGGAAUACAACAUCCAUGUCCAGCAGGUGAAUACCAGCCCUAUAAAAGACAAAGAAGCUGCCUUGAGUGUCCUGCUGGAAGUUACUGUGACCCUAAUGAAGCAAGAAUAAAUUCUUCCAGUGGAGCUAAUAKUUCAUCUCAUGGGUCCAUUGUCCCUGUAGACUGUCCUGUUGGUUUUUACUGUCCAAGCAGAACCAGAAGUGCUAUUCCAUGUCCCUUGGGAACCUUUGGAAACAGAACUAAACUAGUUGCUAAAGAACAGUGUUUGAAGUGCCUUAAAGGUCAAUACUGUGGAACAUUGGGAAAGAAAUUCGAACCCACUGCGGAUUGUCAUGCUGGGUACUACUGCAUUGAAGGCGCCAGUGUUCCUAAUCCCAAUGACACCAUUACUGGAGCACCAUGUGAACCUGGGUUUUAUUGUGUCAGUGGCUCACACAGACCUGAACCUUGCCCYAAUGGUACAUUUGGACCUCGGAAAAUGCUCACAAAGCUYAACGAAUGUGUUGAUUGUUAUGGUGGCCAAUACUGUGCUGAAACUGGGCUAUCAGCUCCAAAUGGUUCUUGUUUUGCAGGAUACUACUGCUCUGGUCGUGCAAUCAAACCUAAYCCAGUGUCAGAGUCGUAUGGAGAUGUUUGUCCAACUGGUCACUACUGCCCUGCAAAAACAACUACUCCAUUUAAAUGUCCUCCUGGAACAUUUAACAAUAAAACAAGAGCAACRUUAUCUACUGAUUGUACACCUUGUYCMCCAGGGCAAUUCUGUGAAGGAUAUGGUAAUGACUACCCUGAUGGUCMAUGUGAUCCUGGAUGGUAUUGUGCAAGAGGGUCGUACUCAUCAAAACCUUUACCUGCAGGCGUUUCUUUCAAUAAUUCACAUCUGUUUACUUGCCCUAUAUACUCAGUUAACUUCACUGGUGGUAUUUGCCCAAAGGGUAGCUACUGUCCACGAGGCUCCUCCCAACCACUCCCAUGUGAUGCAGGCAAGUACUGUGCAAAGGAUGAGUUGGCAUUGCCCUCUGGAAAUUGUACUGCAGGUUAUUACUGUAAGGGUGGGGAUACAGUUCCCAAUCCUGUGAACUGUUCUGAAGGCCAUUACUGCCCAGAAGGAACACCRAUUGAAGUGGCUUGUCCUGCUGGCAGCUUUUCACCAGAUACAGGAAAUGCAAAGAGAGAACACUGUCAGAACUGUACUGCUGGGUACUACUGYCCUCGUCCUGGUGCUACAUCAGUAGUGUUCCAGUGCAUGCAAGGCUAUUAUUGCCCAAGUGGAUCAAUUCAUAAUGCCACUGAAAUUUGUCCUAAGGGACACAAGUGCCCCACAGGUAGCCCAACCCCAGAGAAGUGUGGUGCUGGCUUCUACCAAGAUGAAGUUGGCAAGUGGAGCUGCAAAGCAUGUACUCCUGGCUUUUAUUGUGACCCAACAUCGCUUUCCACUGGAGUGAUAAACCCAGUUGAGUGUUCRAAGGGAAACUACUGUCCACRUCAGACAGCCACAGAGAAACAAUACCCAUGCCCAGCAGGGACGUACAGUAAUGAAACCGGACUGGAAACUGUUACUCAAUGUCAGCCAUGUCCUCCCAAGUAUUUCUGUGGCUCCACAGGUCUUACUAGUCCUUCUGAUCUGUGUAAUAAAGGUUUCUUCUGCUCUUUGAAUGCAUCUUCUCCGACACCAAMAGAUGGCUUAACUGGUGAUGUCUGUCCCAAAGGGAACUAUUGUCCAAAGGGGUCUUCACAGGGGACUGCCUGUCCAAAAGGCACAUUUGCUAACCGUACAGGACUAAAGAAUGAAUCUGAAUGUUUACCUUGCUCCCCUGGUUUUUAUUGCUUAUCACCUACUGUGAUACCUACUAARAAAUGCUCUAAAGGUUACUGGUGCAAAGGUGGUUCCUAUGARGGAACAGUGAUAACAGCAUAUGUAGAACCUGCCAUUGUUGUGUGUCCUAAUGGCAGCUAUUGCAUCGAAGGUACACCACUUCCAGCUAAGUGCCCAAAGGGUACAUAUAAUCCAUACCAAGGCAAAGAGAAAGAAAACGACUGUGUGCCAUGUGAUGCUGGAAAGUAUUGUGAAACAACUGGUUUUUGGGAGGUUACAGGUGACUGUGAUCCAGGAUAUUACUGUACAUCCAAUGCAAGUCAAAGAAACCCUAGCGAUGGUAUUACAGGAAAUGUGUGCCCAAAGGGACAUUUUUGUAUGAAAGGGUCAGCUAAGCCCGAGGAAUGUCAAAAUGGCACAUAUAUGAACUAUACAGGUGCAUCCUCUUGUAACAUAUGCCCUGAAGGAUACCAAUGCAUAAGAGGUAUACUACCAGAUCCAUGCCCCUCUGGAUAUUACUGCCCAAAAGGAACAGGCUAUAACAUUCGGCCUUGCCCAGUGGGCACAUUUGGUAAUGUUACUGGUCUUAAACGAGUAGAAGAUUGUUCACARUGUUCUGGUGGAAGUUAUUGUGAAGUGGCAGGAAAGUCGACUGUUACUGGAAAGUGCAAAGCAGGYUACUAUUGUAAAUCUGGAGUGAACAUCAGUCAACCCGAUGGAAGACAUUCUGGAGAUGGUGGUGAAUGUCCUGCUGGCCAUGAAUGUCCUGAGGGAAGCAUUUCUGCUUCUGCUUGUAAACCUGGUUUCUUUGCAAACAGAACCAAAAUGGCAGCUUGUGAACCAUGUCCUUCAGGGUAUUAUUGCGUUGCCAGAACAAUCACUCCAUCAAGCUGUCCUGAGGGUCAUUACUGUCUGCAAGGAACAAAGUUCAGCAAUCAAUAUCCAUGUAAACCAGGCACCUUUAAUAAUAUGACCACUCAGUCAUCGGAGUCAUCUUGUAUCUCAUGUCCAGCAGGAUUUUACUGUGAAGGUUUUGGUAGAACACAACCUAAUGAUGAGUGUGAUGAAGGGUUCUAUUGUUCUGGUGGGUCUUCAAGCUCUAGACCCGGUGAUAUUGGGGCUCCCAAGUAUGACAAUGCAACUAAACCAUCCGAUACUUGCUACAAGUUGUUUGAGUGUGUUUGUCCKGCUUUUAACAAAACAACAGGUGACAUCUGUCCUGCUGGUCAUUACUGUCCAAGGGGUUCCAAGCGUCCAAUUCAGUGUACUGUAGGUCAUUACUGCAAACACGCAGGUCUAUCAACACCAACAGAUAAAUGCAAUGAAGGUUUCUACUGUAAUGACAGCUCAACGGUACCAGACCAAUACAAGUGCUUACCAGGACACUACUGUCCAAGAGGRACUGGCAUCCCUCGUGCCUGUCCAGCUGGUACCUUUUCUAGAACAUCUGGUAAUGUAAAACUUGGUGACUGUAACAACUGCACAGCAGGGAAAUACUGCGCUGGUCCUGGUUUAAGUAGUCCUACAGAUGACUGUGAUGCUAUGUACUACUGCCCGGGCGGCCAAGACACUGCUACACCUAUUGAGUAUAAGUGCACAGAAGGUCACUAUUGUCCUAAAGGUAGUCCUUCUCCAAAACGAUGCGCAAGUGGAUCCUUCCAGAAUGAAAAGCAACAAAGUAGUUGUAAGCCAUGCCCAGAAGGUUAUUACUGCAAUACGACGUUGUCUGCCGUUAUUGAGCCUGUUGUUUGUCCGCCAGGACACUAUUGCCCCGUUGCAACUGGAAAUUACAGAGACUAUCCUUGUCCAAAACGUACAUUCAGCGCUAAAAAGGGUCUAACACAUGCUGAUAACUGCACACUUUGUACCGAGGGCUCAUACUGUGCAACAAACGGACUAGAUUCUCCCAGUGGACAAUGCUGGGGUGGACAUUAUUGCACACAGGGUGCUCUUAUUCCUAACCCUGAGAAUGACAGACGGGCUAGAGACUAUCCAGAGUACAAAGACUUUAUAUUUGAUUAUCUUAAUGAUGCAUGUCCACCAGGUUAUUAUUGUAACAAUGGCAGCAAGCCUAUCCCAUGUCCUCCCGGAUACUAUCAUAACACAGGUCGCAUUUCAUCAAAAUCGCAAUGUUUAGCUUGCCCUAUUGGAAAAUACUGUCCUAAUACUACAAUAUCUGGUGGAGUGGCACCAGACUGUGAUGCAGGGUAUGUGUGUACUGGAGGGUCAAGUGUGAAAAAACCUAAUAAUCCCUCAAUGGGAUACCUGUGCCCUACAGGGUUUUAUUGCCCUGCUGGUACUAAUGCACCAAGAAGCUGUUUACCAGGAACUUAUCAGCCAAAUACUGGACAAGAAAAGUGUUUGGCUUGUAGCCCUGGUAACAUGUGUCCUUACCAAAACAUGACCAAAGUAGUUCCUUGUAUGGCUGGUUAUUAUUGUCCAAAUGGUACAUUGGUACCUUGUCCUAAAGGUACUUAUGGUAAUAACACAGGCUUUGAUAAUGUCGAUAUGUGUACUGACUGCCCUCCUGGAAAGUACUGCUCUGAGGAAGGCGGUACCAAGCCUAAAGAUAUCUGUGCAAAAGGUUUCUAUUGCCAGGGUGCAGCCAAGAAAGCGACUCCAUCUCCUACAUCCAAGUACCAAAGAAAUGGCCCAUGUCCCAAAGGUCAUUAUUGUGUUGCAGGCACCCCUUCACCUCAAAAGUGUCCUCCUGGCACAUUCCGUAACAGUACUGGUGCUGAAUCAGUGGACCAAUGUCUGGACUGUACACCUGGAUGGUAUUGUAGUGGUUAUGGUAAUGAAAAACCAACAGCUUUAUGUGCUCCUGGAUAUUAUUGUCCUCAAUCAUCACGUGCUAAUGUGUCAACACCAAUUGGUUAUGUUUGUCCGAAAGAACAUAAAUGUCCUAAGGGUUCACCUAAUUAYAUUAAAUGCGAGCCAGGUUCUAAUCAACCUAGGGAAGGUAUGGCAACAUGUACUCCCUGCAAAGCUGGAUAUUACUGUACUCCAAACCCAACGGAUUGCCCAGCGUUCAACUAYUGCCCUGCCGGUGUGACUACUCCAAUCCCUUGUCCCAAUGGAACCUUUACAUAUGAAAAUUUGACAAGAUUAGCSAACGCCUCACAAUGUUUACCAUGCAUCAGRGGACACUACUGUCGUCUGGGUCAAAUCAUUGGUACUUGUGCAGGAGGGUACUUCUGUAAGAGUGGUAGUCCAGAUCCAAACCCAAAUGGGCAUGUUUCUCCUGUGGUAGCAGGGCCUUGUCCCAUGGGUUWUUUCUGUCCUAAUGGUACCUUAGCACCUGUCCCCUGUCCUGACAGAACAAUGAAAAAUUACACGGGAGGUGCGGGGACAGUUAACGACUGUACUACAUGUCCUGCUGGAAGACACUGUAUAAAUGGAUCAGAAUAUGGUGUUCCAUGUCCACCUGGACAUUACUGCGAGACAGGUAGUGACCCGACAAAAUGUCCUCUCCUACGAUACCGUGAUAAGUCUGGUGGUAAAAAUCUAGGUGACUGCUUUGAAUGUCCAGCCGGGUAUUGGUGCAAUGUGACUGGCAUGAAUAACUAUAGCAACAGCGAGUGCCCUCUUGGACACUACUGCCUCCAGGCACAGAAACCAACCUUAUGCCCUGCAGGACGCCGUCGUGAAAUCACCGGCGCUAAAAAUGUUACCGAUUGYGGUCCAUGCCCCGGUGGAYACUACUGUCCGRAGAAUAUGACAAAUAUCUAUGGUAUUCCAUGUCGUGCUAAGUACUACUGCAAGGAAGGGUCAGCCUAUGAAGUGCUGUGUCCAGCCGGAAGGUUCUGUAAUUAUACAACGGCAGAACCCUACUUGUGUCCAGGAGGAUAUUACUGCCCAAAUGGCUCAGAAACGUACACGGAAUGUGAAUAYCCAUAUUAUUGUCCUCCCGGCUCGGGAUCACCAAAGUUAUGCGAUCUAGGUCACUCAUCUCGUACGACGCCAAAACCUCGAAUACUACACAAAGAUAAUUGUAAAAUUUGCCGGCCAGGAACKUAUGGCAACGAUAAGCUUCGACUUAACUGUUCAAUUUGCCCUGCUGGGUACUUCUGCCCAGAAGGGACGAUUGGACCCUUUGAAAACCGUUGCAUCGAGGGAUACUACUGUCCAGAGAAGAGCAGUAGUAUGUUUCCUUGCCCUGCUGGUUCCUAUGGCAACCGUUCCCUAGCAACAGACGCAGCAGACUGCUACAAGUGCCCUGUCAACACUUAUAGCAAUGUUGCGGGCAGCACAGCGUGUCGUCCGUGCGGUAGUAGUGCUACGGCWGUGGAGGGCAAAAAUGAAUGCACGUGUAUUGGGAAAUUCCGCUCGUUCCAGAUAUCAGAUGGUUCUUGCACAUGUUUGGCAGGCUAUGUUUUCUAUGACGAGACUGAUAAAAAGGAAGAAGAGGGUAACAGCGACAAAAGUUGUCAACCAGAGGUUGACACACGAUGUGGCAAUAAUCAAUACCGUGAUUCGUCGACCAGACAAUGUUCCGAUCUGGAGACUCUAAAUAAGAAAUGCAAAGUCCUGUGUGGUGAUGAUAGUGGUUCAUUUAGUACAGACUACGGUAAUUGCUUGUGYCCAUAUUCAACCAUUGAGUGCAACGCAGAAUGUGAAAAAAAUAGACCUAAGUUCUGCUGCAAGCGAGACACACAAGGAAAUUUCCAAGUUGUUACAACAAGUCCAACCACAUCUGAAACACAGACUUUCACUCAAGAGGUUGGGCUUAACUCAUAUGACACAAAUUGUCACUCCUGUGAGAUUUUGGCAUAUGAUGGGAAUAGCAUAACGGGGUACAAACCUACGACUGACGAUGAAGCAAAAACGGUGUUCAGUACAGAUACGCCCUCUAACCCAGCAAGGCGUAAACGAAGAGCAGUAUCCGUACCAAAUAACUCGACAAAUAAYUCAAGCAAAGAAAUCAAGUCACCUACUUAUUGUCUAGAGCACGGUAAUGCRAUGAUGUUUAAGCUUACAAUUAAUGAGCAAAACAGAACGCUUAGUAAUUAUCCAAGGUAUCGCAAGAAUCAUCUGUUUAACACCAACCCGUCGUUUGAUUAUGGYAACUUUCGACAGCUUCAUUCUAUCAUCACCGAGACAAACAAGACAUUAAAAUUCUUUGUUCACGUUUUUAAUGAACAAGGAACUGUUGUCUUCUACGAUAACGCGGUUCCUUCACGAGAAACGAUAGUCAAGGUYAUGAAGCAAGGCGAAAAGUGUCCUGAUGGUCAAACCAUCUUCCCUACUAAUAGCMUCGUUCUCAGCAAGCUUGGAAUCAAAAAAACAAGUGUAAGUCAAAGUUAUGGGAUUUUUUAAAACUAGUUUUUAACUCUAUACACCACAUUGAUAAUAAAUAGCCAGUAAUACAUCCAAAUA